CGGCUGCCUGCCACCGCCGCACGGCUCCGCACGGCUCCGCGCAGCGCAGCGCAGCGCCGGGCAGGGCGGCGCCCAUGGGCUGCGGCAACUCCACGGCCGGCGGCGCGGGCGGGCGAGGUGCCACAGGGACUACUAAAGAUGCAGCAGAAGAAUCCAUAUCAGAUGAUGACAAAAGGAGGAACUAUGGCGGUGUUUAUGUUGGUCUGCCAUCGGAUGCGACUGCCAUGGUUUCCAGUCAGACAAAAGCUGCACCUAAAGAAGGAAAUAAACGCAUCAAGAUGCAAACAGCUGGAGUCCUCUGCUAAGACCUUAAGAGAAAGUUGUCUUUCUGCUGAAGAUUUUUAUAUUUAUGUAGCCUUCCAGACAGCAAGACAGUUCAGAGCACCAAAAAAUUGAAACUGUGGCAAGUUACAACUACAGGUAAAGCUUAAAGUACAGCAUGGAAUGAGUUUGCUGUGAUGGUUGCAUUAUGGAAACUUCCUGCUGUUAUCCAGUGAAAAAUGAAAUUGAUGAACUCGUGGAUAUUUCUGGACAAGAGCUAACUUUGAUGAUCUGCAACUUAUUUCUCUCUGGCCAUAUUGCAGAUCUCAUCAGCUAUCAGCUACGCUUCAUAUAUUUUCUCCAACAAUUUUUUGAUAGAUUUUAUAUAGAAAAUCAUUACUACUGUCCACUUAAUAGUUCCUAUGGUAGGUUCCUAUAAAUUAAUUGUUAAUUUACUUCAGAGUAAUAUAUUUGAGAGGUUUGCAUCUUUUUGGUAAUAUUGCAAAUUUUAAUAUUUUUCCUUUGAAAACUUAAGAAUAGAAAGAAAUAGACAUAAGACCAUCAGGUUCUUUAUAAUUACUACUGUCACUUUUAUACAGUGAAACAAAUAUUAGUGUUUAAUUUUCACCUUUUAAAAAGAUAUUAUUGCUCAAGGAAAUUUAUUUAAAUAAGAACAGCAUACUUCACUGUAACAUUUACAUGUCUGUUAUUUUCUUCAGCUUUAUCUCUUUUAUAAAGCUUUACAUGGAAAAAAAAAUACUGAUGAACCAAACUAUUACGUUAUGUCUUCCAUUCUAUGUAAUGUUAUAAUGACAUUUUCUUGUGUAAGAAUGACAUGAUGGUAUUGUCGGAGAGAGCUGGACUAAAACCCAGUGUUUGAUCAAUAUUUGAGUUUUGUGUCCCCAGUUCUUCUCUAAGCAUCUCAAGUCUGGCAAAUUGUAACAGAAUGUGUGUUCUUAUUACUUCAGCAGUUUGUUGUAUUAAAUGAUGAAUGGGCGGUUUUAAAAAUCAUUAAGUUCAUAACAACUGUAAGUUUCCCACAGGAACAUAAAACAAAUUGUAUGUUUCCGUAUGGUUGAACAUGUAUUUAAAUUAUUAAAGCAUUUUGCAUAA